AUGGUAGUAUCGACCACGGGGGCCAUGGCUGCCCGGAUGGUGCUAGUGUUGGCCAUGCUGCUGCGAGGAGCCACGGCUCGUGAUCCACCGACGGUGACGCUUCCCGGCCAGGGCACGGUGAUGGGCAUGUAUAUGAAGAUGUUCCGGACGCAGCGAGUGGUCGCCUAUCUGGGCCUUCCGUACGCCCAGGCACCGGUCAGCGAGAAACGAUUCACGCCCCCGGUCGUGGACAAUCUACCGAGCUGGGAGGGCGUGAAGAACGCGACCAGCCCGGCCCCGCUCUGUUGGCACAUGCCCCGGGACACCCACCGGCGCCACAACCAGCUGUUUAUGGAGCUGAUCCAGUCGAGCGACGACAGCGGCGGUGGUGGGGAGAAGCAGUACGACGAGGACUGCCUGUUCCUCAACAUCUACAUCCCGGACGGCAUCUCCCAAGGGGCUCUGUCGGUGCCACCAGUACACCUUGGCAUUUUGCGUACUAAACUCUCUCGUUGGAAUUGGGUCGGGGUUCCGCACAACUUUGAGCUGAUCUUUCUCUGGGGCCUCCCGUACUGGUUGGCGCUGGCCGAGCAGAUGCAGUGGGACAGCGCGGACAAGCGGGUGGCCGACAUCGUGAUGACGCUGUGGGCGAACUUUGCCAAGUUUACCAACCCGACGCAGGUGGGCGUGUACAUCCGGUGGGAAAAGUUUACCGUCACCGAGCCGGGCGUACUGAUCAUCGAUCGGUCGUUCAACAUGAGUGAUCACACGACGAUGAGUUUCGGUGCGGUCAAGUUCUGGAACCAGUACUACCCGAGUGUCAUCAACUUUGCGGCCCAGUGUUGCAACGCCACGUACAACGGGGCCGCCGGUGGCCGGUUCAGCGGACUGCUGAACAGCCGGCUGACGGCGUCCGGGUAUGUGGGGGCCAAUUUCAUCCUGUUACAAUCAUUCGUUUACGUGCUCACGAGAUACCUGGUGCGUCCGACGACGUAG